AUGAAAGCUCCGUGGUCUAAAGACAACGAGCAGAAACUAUUCCGAGCUUUAAGUGGACCCAACAACAGCAUCAAAAGUCGCUAUGACGCUGAGAAGUUUCUUUUCAAUCAAUCAACAGCAAAGAAAUCUUCCGAGAGGUAUAUUUCUUGGAUGAUUGCAUUGAGUAUUCUCUCUUCUGAAAGUGAUAAGGUAUAUACUAAUCUUCUUCAAUUAGUAUCUAACUAUGAAAUGUUGUUGGAUUCUAAGUUGAAUGAUCGUCUUAAUGAUCCAUUAUCUGCACUUUCUGAUGAUACAAAGCACCAAAUACAGAAUGACCUCAACAGAACAAUCAAAUUCUUCAAUGAACUUGCCACUUCAAGUAAUCUUCCAAACACAAAGAAGAGUGGCGCCGUACUAAGGGCCUCCAGAAUCCUUGCCUUAUUACAAUUAUCUGAUAACAGCUUCCGCUAUCUCCAGGGCUACGAAAGAUAUGUUUUUGUCUGCUAUUUGAUUUCAGUUCUCUUCACUACUGAAAAUGACUUACCAGACAUUGUUGCCGAGGCUUCUGCUUAUUACUUAUCAUCCAAAAUGAUCGAAUUGUCCGGCGCAGCACAGAUUUUAUCCAAUUCAAGCCUUCUUGAACAGCAUUUCCAUAAGUUGGACGAAAAGUUGGUUAACAUUAAUGCAUCUUUAAUGAACCAUCUUACAUUUUCUCAGCAGUCUUCCAUCAACUUCGCUCUUAGAUGGGAAUUAUUAUUAUUUGCUGAGGAACAUAACUACCAUGGACUUGUUCUCAUUUGGGACCGUAUAAUCGCUCGCAGACAAAUGAUUCACCAGUAUAUUGAAUCAUUAAUUCUUGCUCAUUUUGCUCAAUUACCUGAAACACGUUUAAACAACGUUCAGCACUUCAAAGAAUGGAACAUCAAGCAGCUUCUCGAUGAUGCUGAGAAAUAUGCUAGUCAGCACUCUUAUUUCCACUGGAGCAAAGCAUUGAUGGUUGCCAUCACAGUUGGAGCAGUUUCUCUUGUCAAACUGAUCCACUAA